AUGGAACAUUCUGUACGCGGGCAAAGACAAAGGGCGUUUGCCCCCAAGGCACGCACAGGAUGUCUCACAUGUAAAAAAAGACAUAAGAAAUGCGGCGAGGAAAAGCCAACAUGCCUGCGUUGCAAAGCAGGUGGCUACGUCUGCGAUGGCUACGAGACUAAGAAAGCAGCGCCGUCUGUCAAGUCACGCACUGGGUCUCUCCCUCUGCUAGCUGCAAGACGUCCACUAGUGGCCAACAUUCCUAGAAGACCCCUGAUCCAAAGCAAUGCGAUGGAGGCCAAUUACUACACAUAUUUCUUCUCCAACAUUAUCGGUCACCUCGAAAUCUCUCCUUCGUUGAACAGGGAGUUUUGGAACAAGACACUUCUAGCGCCCAGUCAAAGCAGCGUCUGCAUCAGGCAUGCAGUCUUAGCACUUGGAGCGACCUAUUAUCACUACGCUUCUGGAACCGCACAACCCUCGACAGUAUCUCUUGAUCGUUUCAUCUUGCGGCACUACAAUGAAUCCAUAUUCAAGCUUGCAUAUGAUAAGGACUCAACGUCAGAUACCUCUACGAUACUGACGUGCUGUCUCCUUUUUAUCAUUCUCGAAAGUCUGCGUGGUGAUUUUGAAGAGGCGAUCCGACAUCUCGAGUCUGGCAUAAAGAUUCUAUCAAACCAUACACCCAAGACUUACUUACCAAACGGCCAAGUUGAAGAACUUGCGAGCAUCUUCCACGCAAUCGGCUCUCAGGUCGCUAUAUUCUCCGAAGAUCGCCUCUUCCCAGAUGUGACGCAUCUCCUAAUGCCACCGAAAAGAAAGAAGAAGGGGAUCCCCGGUGAAUUCCGCGAUCUUGACGAAGCUGAAGAUGUCAUGAACAAGUUUGAUGACGUGAUUAAUGAGAUUAGCUGGGACAUGGACCAAGACUGGAAGAAUGAAGACGCAGAGUGUGUUGUACGAUGGGUAAAGUUGCGCCAGGAGGUGCGGGAUUGGAACGCUCAGUUUGAAGUUCUCAUAAACAAGCUUACAGAAAACGGCAAGAGGCAAGUUCAAGUUGAGAGAAUACUCAAUUUGAGAAUUCAACACAAACUAUGGGAAGUCCUGCUCGACGGCGAAUGCAACGAAGACGAGGCGGACAUGGACCCAAAAGAGUGUAACCUCCUCCUUGACCAAGUCGAGCGACUCUGGUGCAACCCCGCGAUUCCGCGAUUUGGUCUAAAGAUUGAUCUAACUGCUGCGUUGUAUCAACUAUACGUUUACUGCCCCGAUGAUCAAGUACGGCAGCGUAUCAUCACCUUGUUACGCUCACAGAAACGGAGAGAGAUUAUAUGGGACAGUGGUGAUCUUGCGGACUUCCUGGAAAAGGAUAUGUGGCAGAGAGCCAUUGGGCUUCAGACGGAGCGAUGGCCCGAUAUUGGACCUUCGAAAUAUGAAGGUGCUUUGUUGGUUCUUAGACCGAGGGCACAGUGA